CCAUUUAUCGAAUGAAAAGCCCAUCCACCAGCGCUGCCUCGCUGGCUAUAAAGCGAUAGGGUUUUACGCCCCCUUGCGCACCCCCGCCGCCGCCACUCCCCAACUCGGCGCCUCCGCCUCCUCCAAACCCUAGCCGAGAGGAGCAAGGAAUGGGAAAGGGUACGGGCAGCUUCGGCAAGCGCCGGAACAAGACGCACACGCUUUGCGUCCGCUGCGGCCGCCGCAGCUUCCACCUCCAGAAGAGCACAUGCUCCUCCUGUGGCUACCCCGCAGCCCGCAUCCGCAAGUAUAACUGGAGUGUGAAGGCCAUCAGGCGCAAGACUACUGGAACUGGAAGGAUGAGGUACCUCCGACACGUUCCUCGCAGGUUCAAGAGUAACUUCAGAGAAGGGACUGAGGCUACCCCAAAGAAUAGAGCUGCUGCUACCAACUAAUUCUGGAUGUUGCUAUCAAGAACAUCAGAAGCUAGAAUUUGGAAACUUUUUUGCUUGGAUUGUACUGUUUGAACUAUUAGUUCUAAUAUUAUGAAGUACUGAUAUGGUACUAUUUAUUGCGCGACAUUCCAUUUAAGUCAGACGAACAUAUAAAGUCCUUGCUGUGCUUUUAUGUA